AGGAGAUAAAUAGUGAGUGAGCGAGAGAGAAAGAAAGAAGUUUGCACUUAAGCACGACCAAGGAAGCAGAGGAGAGGAUUCAUAAUCUGGGAAGAAGGUUAUGAUUAGACGGACGUUUAAGACAAACCAUUUGAGCAGGGAAGUGUUUGCAGCACUGGUACUGGAGAAAAAAGAGAUGGCGGGAAAGUGUGUGACACUGUAAUCUACUUCUGAACCUGCUUACCCUUACACGAAGGAGCCGUGUAAAAAAUUGUCUGAUGGAACUGGCAGUGGAUGAGUCUGUUUAAACAUUUUCUAGUGAGAUACCAACAGCAGCACUGUGUCAGUGAGCCAGUGCCUGUGGAGGAGGUCACCAUGAUCUCCACAGCUCUCCGCUGGCUGGUUCUGGUGUCUUUUAUCAUUCUGACCAUUGGUGGGAAUGUGCUGGUAUGUUUGGCUGUGGGGCUCAGUCGUCGACUGUGGCGCAUUGCUAACUGCUUUGUGGUGUCCCUGGCAGUGACAGAUCUCCUGCUAGGCCUGCUGGUGCUGCCCUUUUCUGCCACUCUGGAGCUGCGCAGCGGGAAAUGGCCCCUCGGAGGAGCCCUGUGUAACAUCUACGUCUCACUGGAUGUCAUGCUGUGUACAUCUUCCAUCCUGACCCUGCUGGCCAUCAGUGUGGACCGUUACCUAGCCAUUUCGGCUCCCCUUAGCUACUCCCGGAGAGUUACCCCUCUGAGGGUGACACUGGCCAUGAUCGCCAUCUGGGCCUUGUCACUAGCUGUGUCCUUUGUGCCCAUCCACCUGGGCUGGAACACAGCAGACUACAGAGUGCAGCACUUGGACUGGGGCAUUGGGGAGGAGGACAACGAGGGACACUACUGCCAGUUUGAGUGGAAUAACAACUAUGUUCUUAUUUAUGCCUUUAGCUCAUUUUACCUGCCUCUGCUACUUAUGUGUGGAAUGUAUCUCUGCAUAUUCAGAGUGGCACGAGAACAGGUGCGACGGAUUCGUGCUGCCACUCCAUCAUUUGCACGUGCAGCAUCAACUGCAGCCAUAGCCCGAGAGCACAAAGCAACAGUGACCCUGGCAGCGGUGCUGGGGGCCUUUGUCAUUUGCUGGUUCCCCUACUUCACCUUCUUCACCUGCAUGGGCGUAAAGAAGAGGACAAACCCCCCUAACACACUUAACUCUGUGGUCCUAUGGCUGGGCUAUUUUAACUCUGCUCUUAACCCCAUCCUGUAUCCAGCCUUCAACAGGGAUUUCCGCAGGGCCUACGGAGAGCUGCUUCGAUGCAGAGGACCGUUUUGCAGAAAACCGCAGCUUCCUCGUGUGUCUGUGCAUAAAUGAUUGACCUUUACUAACGGACAAAGGGUUUCCCAACAGUCUGAGAAACAUAUAGACACGGUUAAUAAAAAAAAUGAGGGGAAGAGCCUCACUCUACAUGAGAGAAAUGGUAUCCCUGAUGAGCCACGGUGAAAUGCCAUGGAUCUGUUGUUCUUCUACUGAACUGUAGACUGGCAGCAAAAUGGUGUUAAUUACCAACUUUCUCCACUACUCAGAGUACAGGUUAGCUAACCAUUUACAAUAUCACACACACAUAUGUUUAUUGUAUAGUGCGAAACAUAAUACAAUUGUAUAAACAAAAAAUGUAAUGUGUAAAACUUAUGUCACAACAUGAUAAAUGUACACUUUACGUGGACUGGAUACACAAGUAUUGCUUUAAGCAAAUCCAAUGUCAAUGUGCUUAAAUAAAGAUGCCCAAUAUGUUCUUGAUUACAUAAAAUGUUAUAUCAAUAUAAUGUUAUAAUUAUAGCAUGUUAUAACGUUAUCAAUGUAAUUUAGCAGUAUUGAAAUGUCUUUUUCUUUUGAGAGGUGUAAAAAUUACACAAAAUGUAAUUCAAAAUAAGGAGCAGUCAGAGCAGAGCUGAGUGGAAUAGAUGACUCAGUAAGUUUUCCAGCAAGUUACAUGGAGACACCAGUGGUUAAACGUUUGCAAACUGUGUAUUUUCUCUUCUCUCAACCCUGCUACUGAAAGUCAAUAAGUGACCAGCAAGUUAAUUUGAUAUGUACAAAUGUAUAUGUUUGACUUGACCCAAGCAGGAUAACAUUCACGACUUCCUGGAUGUUUUAACAGAUUAACUGCAACUGGACAAGACAUUCAUUUAUAAAAUAAAAAAUAAAAAACAGUCUAACCCUCUGUGUUACAUUGAGGACCGGUCACAGUAAUAAGGUCAUUAUAAAACUGCUCUGAUUUUGUCUGACUGAUUUUUAAGACUUCUACUGGACAUGCACUGCAUCACAUUGAAUAAGUGCAAUAAUAUCUACAUCUAGGAAAUAGUUUAUGCUUUGCUACCUCUCUGUACUGUAUAUGUUGCUGCAGGAUUAUUCUCAGUCAUACACAUCAGCAGUUAUAAUAUCUUGACACUGCAACCCACUGACACGUGUUCAGUGGUAUAAGAUAAGGAUGAGAAAAGAUUAGGAAUGCAGAUGUGGUCCACUUGACAAAUUGUGAAGGAUAAGUUUAAAAUGGAAAAUUGGACAGAAAGCACGCUACCAGAUGUGAUACCAAGUUAUAUU